AUGACCGGAAGUUUUGCUGCCGUCGAAAUGAACUUCUUCCGAAUGGAUAUAUGUAAAAAUCCUGCCUUGACCAAAUUGCACGUGGCACCUAUAUUCAGCAUAAUAUUGACAGCACGAUCAUCAAGACUUCUUUUCUUGAUGAUUGAAUCUUUCCCACUAGAGUUUGCGAUUUCAGCUUCACUAACUGUUGGUUAG